UUAUGUUGGCAUGUGCGUAUGUCCUGCACUCUGGACUGUGGGGAGGAAGCAGAAUUGUGGCGGCUUAAGAGUGAUGUCCUAGAACAGCUGGAGCCGAGCGGCCAAGGCUGGGUGUGCCCCGCCAAGGAACGGAGGGAUCGGGUCUGGAGAAAGAGCUUGGCUCCAUUUCGAGUAACCAGAGGAUUCCCAGAACUAGGGCCUGGGCGGGCGGAGAGUUGAGAGCCAGGGCCAGCUUGGAGGGGGUUGCUUAAAGAGAGAGGAGGGCCCUCGCUGUUAGAGGUCUUGCCGAAGAGAUUGGAGAGACACUUGUUGAGGAUUGCUGCUCAGAUCUUUGAGCAGGUGAGAUGGCUGAGGAGGAACCUUACACCGAACUGGAACUCGCAAUCUGUACCCUGGUGCAUAACUUUUACAAAUACGUACCCAACCACAGCCUCGUUCGGAACAAGAUCAGCAAAAGCUCUCUUCGAAAAAUGCUGCAGAAAGAAUUUCGCAACAUGUUGACAGACACAGGCAACAGGAAGGCUGCUGACAAGCUCAUUCAGAACCUGGAUGCCAACCAUGACGGGCGCAUCUGCUUUGAUGAGUAUUGGACCUUGAUAGGUGGGAUCACCGGCCCCAUCGCCAACCUCAUACGCCAGCAGGAUCAGCAGACCUCUGACUAGCAGACCCUUUUUUUCUUCUCCAGAAUCUCUCCCUCCCCUCCCCAUCACACACCAGGGCAUUCUGGCCUUGAACUUCAGUUCUUCAGGCUCCAGUCUUCUUCCAGGCCCCCCCCCCCCGACUCUUCCUCACCUUUUCCUUCUCCCCAUCGACUGUUCUCAUCCCCAAUGAACUGGGGGAGGUUAAGAAAUCCAGGAGACCCCCUGUGGGGAGUCUCAGGGUCCCUUCCCCUUUGCCACUUUGUCUAUCCUCCUUUCCCUGGCCUGUCUUCAGCUGAAACAGUCUCUAGGUCUCCUCUGCAUUUGCUGAGACGGAGGAUUUGAUGACUUUGGUGCCGGCAGCACCAAUUCAUUCCCAAACCCUCGGUCCCCAGGGAAAUGGGGACAAAGGAGCACCUGGUGGGGGUGGGGAGACCCUCUGCACCUUGGUCUGUGAAUGGCCCCAGCAGAAGCCUCUGCCUCACCUCCUCUUCUCUUCCAUUCUGCAAUAAAAGCUGGAUUUGGAGUAUAAA